UCCGACUCUACCAUUGCUAUCCAGCGCUGAUAGCUCCAAAAAUAUUGCCUGAUCAGACAAUUGGACAGCACUGUAUCAAUUUCUUAAUUUACCAUGGUUACUAAAUUAUUAUUCUCUUAAGUGCAAACCUAAAUAUUGUGACUGUGUCGUAAUCGCAGUGAAUUCGACGGUUUUACACCCCCUUCAUUCAAUGGAGGUUUCCAUCAUGGAUGACAAUCGCUGACGUUCAUUCUAAUAGAGUCAGGCCACAGGUACCCCGCGUCAUGAGUGAGCUGAAGGACUGCCCCCCUUUGAAGUACUAUGACUUCAAGCCCGUCGAGCACGUCAAGGUGUGUCCCCGCUACACGGCCGUGCUGGGACGCUCAGAGGACGAUGGGAUUGGCAUCGAGGAGCUGGACACUUUACAGCUGGAGCUGGAGACUCUCCUGUCCUCAGCCAACCGCCGCCUCCGAGCUCUGGAGGAGCAGAGACAGAUCCUCACUGACUGGCAGGACAAAAAGGGAGACAAGCGCUUUCUAAAGAUGGGAAAAGACCCUGACCCUGCUGCGUCAUCACGCCACAAGCCAAAGAAGCAGAAAGUAGAUGGAAAAAGUAGCCACGGGCCAGGGCCAGGUCCUGGCAGACCUAAAUCCAAAAACCUGCAACCUAAAGUCCAAGAAUAUGAAUUUACAGAUGAUCCUCAAGACAUUCCUCGCACUCCUAAGAAUGAUGUCCCCAACAGAUUCUGGGCAUCUGUUGAGCCGUACUGUGCUGACAUAACAAAUGAAGAGAUCCGCUUGCUCGAGGAACUUCUAAAACCACCAGAUGAUGAAGCAGAGUACUUUAAAAUUCCAGCAUUAGGGAAACACUACUCACAGCGGUGGGCUCAGGAGGAUCUGUUGGAGGAGCAGAGAGAAGGCGCUCGGGCCAAUGACAAGAAGAAGAGUCUCUUGGGAGGCCCGCUGUCUGAGCUUGAUGCAAAAGAUGUGGACUCCUUGCUGAAGAAGUCCGAGUCCCAGCAUGAGUCUCCGGAAGACGGCUGUCCAUUCGGUCCUCUCACUCAACGUCUGCUCCAGGCUCUCGUGGAGGAGAACAUUAUAUCCCCGAUGGAGGAUUCUCCUAUACCAGACAUUUCAGGGAAGGAUGCUAAUGAUGGAGCCGGGACAUCUCCUCGAAGCCAAGGAAAAUCUUUUAGCGCUCCUCACACGCGUUCCCUCGAGGCUCGGAUCAAAGAGGAGCUGGUCGCCCAGGGACUCCUGGACUCCGAGGAGCGACCCGGUCCAGGAGGAGACUGCGAGGACGAGGUGCUGGUCGAGCUUCAGAAGAGACAGGCCGAGCUCAAAGCCCUGAUCGCUCACAACAAAACCCGCAAGCAGGAGCUGCUCAGGUUGGCAAAAGAGGAGAUGCGCAAGCAGGAACUGCGGCAGAGAGUCAGGGUGUCUGACAAUGAGGUCAUGGAGGGAUUUCGGCGAAUCAUGGCAGCCAGACAGAAGAAGCGCACUCCGACCAAGAAGGAGAAAGACCAGGCGUGGAAAGCUCUGAAGGAGCGCGAAAGCAUCCUUAAGUUACUGGAUGGGUGAAGGAAACAUGAAAAAAAACUGUGUGAGUUCGAACGUUUGGACUACAGUCACACACUGCUGGAACUUAGGAAAAUGGAUCGCCCGACAGGUGGCAUUUGAGGAGGGGCAUUUCUCCUUGUCUUUCAAUGGUAUCCAUCGCACACUCAUAUUUUGUUAGAAUUGUCAAGAUGUUUUUUUUAUUGCCUUUGGUCUGUUGUGGUAUCAUAAAAACGAUGCAUCAGUGUGUUUGGAUAAAUAAUGACCAAUUAAAGGCUGCUGUUAGUCGAAUUAC